AAAUAAACUGGUACUCCUUUAAACUGGUGACAAGCACCUUGGAGGAAAAAUGGAAUAUCAGAACGAAAAUAGUUCAGAUACUGAGAACCAGGCCAUUAGACUGCAGCAGAUGAAGAGAGAUUUGGAGGGUUGGAGAGAAGUAUUACUACCAUUAAAUGGACUCUUGCACUGGGAAAAGCCAUAUUAUCCUGCUAUAAUAGUAGGAGUGAACAGCUUUAUAUUUGCAUUGAUAUGGUACUUUGAGCCGUCAGUCCUCACAACCUUUGCUCUGUUAGGAUUGGCCAUCAGCCUGAUUGAUUUCCUGGUACCUAUUAUUGGUCCAAAUAUAGUUACAGCAAAAUGGACUAGAAAACAGGAGGAGCAGUACAGUGAAAUCUGUUGCAGACUACUGAAUGCCAAGACACAUUUCCAUAAUGCCAAGGUUACAAUGAGCUCACUGAAAGCAGAAAAACCAAAAAUAUACUUUUUGAUGGUGAUGGGAACUUUGAUUGCCCUGGCCUGGCUAGGCAGUUGGAUGGACAACUUAUGUAUGACCUAUUUUCUGGUGAACCUGACUCUUCUGAUCCCAGGAAUAAGACAGCAUGCCGUUCUCCAGAAAUACUUGGCAAGAUUUCUUAAUGUUUUGAAAUCCUUCAUUGGGAAAGGGUCCAAGAAAAUGAAAUCUAGCUAGGCACAAAGUUUUCGUCAGACACCAGUAGUAGCGAUCCCUCUUGAAUGCCACCAAUAGACCAAUUUUUUUCAUGUAUCAAACAUUGUGCCAUUGUAAUUCCAGUCUGUGUUCUGCCUCUUUUGCUUCUGCAGCAGAGUACUGUAUAUAUGUAAACAGUUCAUGUAUUGCCAGCUAUAUGCAAAUUUUUAUUUGAAUGAAUUUUAAAUGUUGUCCUUUUAGGUCUAUGCAUUUACUGUAUGGUUAUAUUUGCAGGGUUUUUUUCUAUCUGAAACCCAAAUGUGCUGGCUAAUGAAUUGUUAUUUCUUUGUGUGAAAUCCAGUCAUAUUGUAUUCUGCCAAUACUCAUAGAUAUCACAGUGAUUGAUCAUCAUAUACUAGGUAGCUCAUUUCUCUUCUUCUUGUUUUCCUACAAAUCAGUUUUCUUGAUCUUUUCAAAGACACAGGGAUCAUUAUCUAGUCUCUAAUUUUGAAAAAUGGGUGAAUACACAUUAACAUUUAAUGUUUACAGUCUUAACUUGUAUAAAUGUUUUGCAUUAUGCGUUAUGAGCAAUCUGUACACAUACUUCACAAUUAAUUUUGAUAUAGUUUUAAAUAUUCCAUUUAUCUGAUUAUUUUUGGCAAGAUGCAAAAUAAAAAAAAAUUCUUCUGAGAAAAUGAGUAUUGAAAUGGAAACUUAAAAUAAGAAUAUGAUAAAGUGUAGAGGGUUUCAAAUUCUCCUUUUUUCAAACAAAAUGUAAUAUUUCAUUCCAAAAUGUCUCAAUAAUUAGGACAUUAGUUGCUAAAUUGGAGUGGUGUAAAUUGUAAAUAAAGUAUAAAAUACAUUAUUGGCUACAUUCUCUCACCAGACACAAGCUUCAUUUAUACCUCUAUCAACGCAUGGAACUACGUGACAAUAUAAUCACAUGAUAUAAACAAUCAUUCUCGUUUCCUUUCCCUUUAAAAAUUCUGGCAACAAGUGAUACAUCAUGCUCUUUUUAUAUCCCACUGGCACUGUGUUAAGUAAUUUUUUACCAUUUAGCUGUUUGUCUCUUAUUUUACAAAUGUUAUCAUAUUUUUUACAGCCUUUCUUACUUUUGAUUUCAUGUUUACAUUAAAUCUCCACCAUGUGAAUGUCCUACAUAUUACUAAGUGCUUCCAAAUUUAGGAUCAGAGAAAGGCGAUUUUAAACAAUUUACAGUAAGCAUCAGUUUAAUUGCAUGAAAAGCAUCUCAUAGUAUGACUGAAUAUUUAGUCCAAAACAUAAAUGUUGGAUAUUAGAAACUUUUCCAAGAUUUCUGUAUAUUGAGCGUUGACAGAGGUAUAGUUUGAGUAGCGCACAGAAUUCUGGGUAGAGAAUGUAUUGGCUAGAUAACAAGUACCUGUGUCGCAAAAAAAAAAAUGGUUUUUUGAUUAAGUGUGUACCUUUGUUUACAUUGUGUGCCUGUGCCUUUGUGCAAUUAAAAUCAAAAUGUACAAAUGCUAAUUUAAAAUGGUUCUGAUUUAUGUUUGACUGAAGUCUGUAUGUUCUGAUUAAAGUCACAAUAAAUAAUAUAAGACUGAAAUAAUUUUAAUUAUAACCCACACAAUGAAGUUGUAAAGGGUAUAAUGUUUUUGACCUGUCCGUCAUAUAAAUAAUAUAAUACUGAAAUGAUGUUAAUUUACAUAUAGGACUAGUAUAAAACUGCAAGGCUUAGUGCUUAUGCAUAUCAGGUAUGAUUAAAUAAGUGUUCAAAGAUAUGAUUUAUUUUUUAAUCGACCUUGAGUUUUAAAAUUGGAUUUAUUCUAUUCACAAGCUUCAUUGCAUUGAUGAAAAUCAUAAUUAUACUAUGGUAACUUGUGUUUCUUUUUCAGCAAAAGUUAACAACCAAAUUUUAAAAAUGUGAUUGUAUGUGUUAACAAUGAUUCAUUCAUAAUCAAUACAAAGCAGUCUUAAAUGAAUUAAUUGAUAUUAGUAAAAAGUGUUCCCUUACACAAAUCAUACCCAAUGGGCAUCCAGGGUUUUAAGUAAGAUAACUGAUUUCCCAUAAUGGUUUGAUUUUUCAGCAUCAUUCAAUUUUACUUAUCCCAACUCCUUUGUUAAUAAUACCAAAAUUAGAUGAUAGCUAAACUUUCCAAUUAUGGUAUUUUGAAUUUUGUUGACAUUAAAUAAUUUUUAGGGGUAUGGAGCUUCUAUAACGGUCAAUGAAGGAAAUUUGAUCCUGAGAAUCUUGCAUUACAAUCAAUUUCAUUUUGUUUAGUGUUAUUUAUUAUUUUGUGUUGUUAUGGUGGUGUUAGAUGCCCUUAUUGUUAAUAUUGUUAUUUUUAUUAGUGUUCUAUAACCAUGAUAGUUUUCUAGAUGUUGGGACCUGUAUUGAUAUGAUUAUGUAUUGUGUUGAAACUGUGUGUUAGUUUUAGUGUAAUCAGAAUUGCACCCCUUUUUUAUAUGCAAAAUAUUUUGUACUGGAAAAAAUUACUUCUGUUGAAUCAGAUAUUCUGACAAAGUUUGUGUUGCUUGCAUUGUGCUUUUUCAUUUCAAUGUAAAAAAAAAAAAUGUCCAUUCUGUAAUAUAAUUAUUGAUUGGCUCCUAAUUGGAAGUUUGAAAUUUGCUGUUGAUAGGCAUUUUUUAUUAACCGAAUAAGGAAGCUGGAAACAGUUCUGUGACACAUAACAGAUGUUCUGAACUGAAUUCACCAUUAGGAAAAAUGUUAUUACCAUGCCCAUAUCAUUUCAUUUCUGAAUUGAAAAAAUGCUGUAGUUGCCUACCUUUAUUUAAAUCUAAAAGUGGGUGAUUGUUUGCUAGAAGUUUCUCUGUGUGUGGUGAUCAGUUUUGUGAAUGAAUUGUGUAAAUAAGCCACUUGUUAGAGUGAUUGCAAGAAAAUCACAAGAAAUUUACAAAAUUUAGAUUGUAUACACUCUGGUUUGGGAGUGAAUCGAAGAUUAAGAAUUUAUGAUUCUAGAAACAGUUGGGUUUUUUUUCGGUGGAAUAAUAUUCCUGAAUUUUGUUUGUUUACUGAAUGUGCCUAUGUCGGGAAAAACACAAAACUGUGAAAGUGAGCAGAAUAUAAAUUUCACUGGUUUAUGCAGUUCUUUGUGAUGUAACAUUUACCAAUGGAUAUGCUGAUUGCUUUGUAGAAAUGAUUUGUAUGUGUUUUUGUGUAAAUAUAUAUAUAUUUCUUCAGGGAUGCAGUAUAGAGAUCCUAUACAAUUGUUGACGGUGUAUAUUGAUGUAGUACCUAUGCCUGUAUACCCCCUGUCCUUUGUAGUGGAAUAAGUACAUUCAAGCAGUACAAACAUACAGUUUAAUGUGUAUAAAAUGUUUGUUGAAGAACAGGUUUGAUACCCAUCUCCAGAUCUGUAAGAAUUCCUUUCCUUUGGGCUUUGUCACAUUGUAUACAAAGACAUUUCCUGUCCAUAGUAUCGUCAUUUUUUGAUCUAUGAUAUUAAGAUAUAUCUGCAAGUAUUUACUGAAUGUCCUCAUUUGGAAAAGAAAUACUUUAUAAAUAUAACUGAUCCUAAAGUAUACUUUGAAACGACAUUUAUUUCUUAAAUCAAUAAAGCGUGUUACCAUAGAACAUGAGUAGGCUGAUCUCUGAGAUAUGGAAGCACCUGCAGAAUGAACAUAAGUAACAAUACAUACAGUUUUUGUAGACAUAUGUAUCCAUAAAGGUGUUAAUUGUUGUGUAAAAUAUUUGUAAAGUAUUUGUGUGUUUUCAUAUUUAGCUGCUUUUAUACAAGCUUUUGUAUACUGUACUUCCAUUUUGUCAAAUCAAACCUAAAUGCUGCAGAAUUUCUUGUAAUUAAAGGGUCCUCCAGUAUACAAA